UUUUUUUCCACUGGAGAUAAACGCGUGCCUGGUAAUCUAGGACUAUUCGAUAUGGCGGAAGCGCUGAAGUUCAUAUAUACAAAUGCUGAAAACAUUGGUGGAGACUGGUCGCGCAUUACCGUAUGGGGCCAUAGUGCAGGUUCAGCGGCUACCGGACAACUUGCGCUCAGUCUAUUAACUCGAGAUUACAUUGCUCAAACCAUCGAAAUGUCUGGCUCUCCUUGGGGAUCAUGGGCUAUAGGAGCUGGAGUGGCACACAAUUCUCUAGAACUGGCAGAGGUGUCAAUCCUAGAUGAUUCGUUUUAUUAG